AUGUUUGAGGCUGCUGUCUUUCUUAUGUUUUAAUUUUUAAUGGACUGUAGAACUGAAGCCAUGGACCAGGAGUCAACUACGUGGAUAAAAAAAGAGGGAACAGAUGAAGUACAAACUGAGUUAUGCUUCAUGGCCCAAGUUUACCCAUGCAGCAUGAAUGUAAAAGAAGAGUUGGAGAAGGGUGUGAAUAAAAAGUUUCUUGAAGACCCAUUAAGGGCUGAUGACCCUAGUGUUUGGGUAAAGCAAGAUCCCGAACUGAAACACCAUGCUGCCGGAUCUGAGCAUGAUUCUGUUGAAGAUCCAUUGGGAAUAUAUUGGCCCAAUAAUUUUAUCAAGGAGGAUCCUGAAUUAAAUAUAUCUGAGAAUACUUCUGUUAAAAAUCCAUUGGGAAUAUCUUGGUCCACUGAUUUUAUCAAGGAGGAUCCUGAAUUUAAUUUGGAAAUGAAUAUAACUGGGAAUAUUGUGGAAACCUCAACAAGAUACGCAUCUGAUAGUGCAAGACUGACAGAGAGUACUGGUGGGAGCUGCGGCAUACUAUGUGAAGAAACUUGUCACCAUAGACUGGUCCAGGAUGAGUUGGUGAUGGACAUGGAGAAGUCAACACAUGGGUUCGGUACCAAUACAGAAGAUGUGACUACUGAUAAGGAAUGCUCAGUUGCCACCCGACAUGACUGUAGUACAUGGGAAAAGGAAUUAUAUGUAUACAGCUGUAAUUUCUGCCAACAGAGCUUUCCUUCAAAAUACAGACUCAUAAUGCAUGUGUUUGCGCACACUGAUGGAACGCAACCACCUUCGUAUGUUUGUAAGUGGUGUGGUGAGGUAUUUCACAGUAAUGUUAGUUUGAAAAAACAUUUGAGAAUGAGCGAUAAUUUUCAUGUCUUAACUGCUGACAACCAUGAAAAAUAUGGCUAUAGUGAUGAGCAUCAAAGCAGUACCUUGUUGGAUAGCGAGCCAGACGUUUCUGUCACAGAACACAAUGAGCAGUCUUCAUGUAAGGAAACUUGGAAAGCUUCAAAAGAGUCCUCUAAUGACAGGUGUAACACACAUGUGACAGAUGAUAGAGAGAAAACAAGUAAUUAUGGAACUUUAUCUACAGCUAUUAAUGUCAGUGCCCAGGCUGAUCUACUUACUGCAAACAGAACCGACAUAGGUGGUACUUGGGGCAAAUUGUUUUCUAGGUCAGUUGAUCUGAAGGCACACGUAUUAAUUCACACUGGAAAGAAACCUCACAAAUGUGAGAUUUGUGGGAAAUGUUUUGCUUUGCCACGCAGUCUCAAGAUACACACAUUCAUUCACACUGGAAUCAAACCUCAUAAAUGUGAGGAUUGUGGGAAAGCUUUUACUAUGUCACGCGAUCUCAAGAAACACUUCUUAAUUCACACUGGAAAGAAACCUCACAAAUGUGAGAUUUGUGGGAAAUCUUUUACUGUGUUAGGCGCUCUCAAGAAACAUGGAUUAAUUCACACUGGAAAGAAACCUCACAAAUGUGAGAUUUGUGGGAAAUCUUUUGUAAGGGCAGACAAUCUCAAGAGACAUACAUUAAUUCACACUGGAAAGAAACCUUACAAAUGUGAGAUUUGUGGGAAAUCUUUUGCUAGGUCAGGCGAUCUCAAGAAACAUGUAUUAAUUCACACUGGAAAGAAACCGCACAAAUGUGAGAUCUGUGGGAAAUCUUUUACUUUGUCAAACAAUCUGAAGACACACAAAUUAAUUCACACUGGAAAGAAACCUCACAAUUGUGAGAUAUGUGGGAAAUCUUUUGCUUUGUCAAGCAGUCUCAAGAUACAUGCAUUAAUUCACUCUGGAAUUAAACCUUACAUGUGUGAGAUCUGUGGGAAAUCUUGUACUAUGUUAAGCGAUCUCAAGAAACAUAUAAUAAUUCACACUGGAAAGAAACCUCACAGAUGUGAGAUAUGUGGUAAAUCCUUUGCUAGGUCACGCAAUCUCAAAAAACAUGUAUUAAUUCACACUGGAAAGAAACCUCACAAAUGUGAGAUCUGUGCGAAAUCCUUUGCUACAUCAGGUGAUCUCAAGACACAUGCAUUAGAACACACUGGAACUCUACCUCACAAAUGUGGUAUCUGUGACAAAAGUUUCACUCACUUGAGUACACUCAAGACACAUGCAUUACUUCACAUCAGAAAGAAACUACAAGCAUGUGUUAGUUUACGCAAAUAGGUUUUUCCGGUUUGUGGCCUCAAGGCUUAUAAAAUAAUGGAUGUAGCAGGGGGACAAUAAAUUGUAAUUCUAGUGAAAUAACAUUAAAAUGUGGUAGAAUUGUGAAAAAAGUGCAACGAUGGGUGCUGUAGGGCGCUAACAGAUAACGUGACAUAAAAAUCGAUAUAUGUAGCUUGAGAUGUCAAGAAAUGGUAUUACUAAAUACUCCAGAAACAUGAAUGAAAUGUGUUUUGGUCAUUAACACUGUUACUUUUUCUUGUCGAUCUUGAGACAAGAAGAUUGUGACUUGUGAUAAAUCCGUACAUUUGUCAGUAAUCAUAAGUACCAUGCAAUAUUCAGUAUAAGGCCAAGGAAAUGUGACGACUCGCUGCAUAUUCUUCCAAACAUAAUCAUCAUGUACUACUCGUAACUGUGUAUUUUAGAGACAGUGACAGUAAAAAUAUAUUCAUGGCACUUCCUUCAUUCAGGCUAGUACACUCAACACUGAAGAAACAUGAUUAUAACAAUUACUUUACUCAGAUAUGUUUUCUCAACAGAUUUACUGUGUCAUUGAUAGUGUUUAGCUACAUUUGUGUUCUGUUAGCAGUAAUCCUGCAUUAGUAAACGUAACAACAAACAUAGCAACCUUCUUAAUAGCAUUUUAGUCCACCUUUGGAACACAGUACUUCGACAAUUCUACAUGAUAUGGACAUGACACAUCAUUUACAUGUUUCUGGGUGUAUGAUACACCAGUUGUAUUCCACACGUUCAGAUCAGCUAAAUGGUGUGGUCGAGACAUCAGUGUUAGUUACCACGCUACUCAGAGAAAUGUGCAGUCGUUCUGCACAUGUGACAUGGACAGUUAUGUUGCUGAAAAAUGCCUUCAACAUGAGAGAGCACAUCAGGAAUGAAGGAAUCUAUGCAGUUGCAAUAAGGGUCACAUAGUCUGCAACUGUCAUGAUGCCUUCAAUUACUACCAGAUGUCCUAAAGGAGCCAAAGUGACUGCCCCCAUAGCCUAAUGGGCCCUGCAUCUGGUGCCAUUCACCUAGAUGAUAGCAUAUCUGGACGUGGCAACUGACCUGGUGUAACUGGAAAUGUCACCCAUCCUGACAUUUGCAUUGACCUUCAUUCUAGUCUGAAUAAUCCCUUGCCCACUACAGUCGCAAUUGAACAUUUUGGUGGAUCGAUAUGGAAACAUAGUGACCAUAUUUUGUGGAGCCCCAUGUUCAACAAUGUACAUUAAAUUGUGGGUUCAAAAACGUGUAUGGCUGCUCCAGCAUUGUUUUUCGUCAUUAGAUAUGCCACAUAUUGCCAAAUGUCAAGCUUGACAGAGCAGGCAGGUAUCCGACCGCCAUGAUUAGUGAUGAAGUAUAGAUGCAUUACAUCUUUUCAUAGGGUUAAGGAUUUAUCACCUUUCAGGCACCUUCCACAGAUGUUCACAACAGUAGCAUACAUCCAGCCAGCCAUCUUCACCACCGUUGAGGCGCUAGUCCCCGACUGCAAUGCCAUUAUAACUUGCCCUAUGCUAAAGUCACUUCGUCAUAAAAUUUACAUGUUUGCAGCCAAUCUAACUGAUAGAACAAUUCCUUAUAAAUCUCUGGUCUGCUCAUACACUUGUAAUCUGCUUGCUGCAUCAUUUGCAUAAAACGUGGCGUUCAUUCUCCUCGUGGGCAGUGUUCAUGACAUUUUUGACCAUCAGUGCAUCUUCACGUAAAUGGGUCAGAUGCGAAAAUGUGUAAUCUAGUAAAUACACUGUGCUUGGUUGCCAUUUACACCAAUGCACAAUAGCUAUAUUUUUUGUGAAAUAUUUUUGUUUCUCAAAGCUCUGUACAUGAUUCAGAGAUAAUGUAGAUAAGUGUUAUGCACCAAAGCUCUUAAUUAUUUGUUCAACAUUUAAUACUGUGUAAGUUCUACACAAAAUGAAAUAGUUAAACAAACAUUAGGUGUUAACGGUUUGAUUCCAGUUAUUUCUAUACACAAGAACAACACUUGGGAGAGCUCAGAAUGUGAGCACUAAAUAUUUCUUGUGUUCUAUUCAAAGGUG